CGGCGGGGCCGCGGCUGACGGGUUCCGGUGUCGGGCGCAGACGUGUCGGCCGGGGCCGCGGAGCCAGAGGCGCUGCCCCUGCCCGCUGGGAACAGCGCCCGGGCCCGGCGGCGCCAUGUCCGGGACCAGCAGCCCCGAAGCCGUGAAGAAGCUGCUGGAAAACAUGCAGGGGGACCUGCGGGGCCUCAGCCUGGAGUGCCGGAAAAAAUUCCCCCCCGUCAAGGAGGCGGCUGAAUCAGGAAUAAUAAAAGUGAAAACUAUAGCUGCACGGAACACUGAUAUUUUGGCAGCAUUGAAAGAGAACAGCUCAGAGGUAGUUCAGCCUUUUCUAAUGGGUUGUGGAACAAAGGAACCAAAGAUCACUCAGCUGUGUCUAGCAGCCAUACAGAGGCUCAUGUCCCAUGAAGUUGUUUCAGAGGCUGCAGCAGGAAACAUUAUUAAUAUGCUUUGGCAACUGAUGGAAAAUAGUCUUGAAGAACUUAAAUUGCUCCAGACAGUUCUUGUACUUUUAACAACCAAUACAGUUGUGCAUGAUGAAGCACUGUCCAAGGCAAUUGUACUUUGUUUUCGAUUGCACUUCACAAAAGAUAAUAUAACAAAUAAUACUGCAGCAGCUACAGUGCGGCAGGUAGUUACUGUUGUAUUUGAGAGGGUGGUUGCUGAAGAUGAACAAUACAAAGACACUAUUGACCAGCCAGUUGCAGUUCAAGGAAAUAGUAACAGAAGAUCUGUCAGUACACUGAAGCCAUGUGCUAAAGAUGCUUAUAUGCUUUUUCAGGAUCUUUGUCAGUUAGUUAAUGCUGAUGCUCCCUACUGGCUCGUGGGUAUGACAGAAAUGACCCGGACAUUUGGCCUCGAACUUCUUGAGUCGGUCCUCAAUGACUUUCCACAAGUGUUUUUACAACAUCAGGAAUUCAGUUUUCUUCUUAAAGAAAGGGUAUGCCCUCUUGUUAUAAAGCUCUUCUCCCCAAAUAUCAAAUUCAGGCAAGGUUCCAGCACGUCAUCUUCCCCAGCACCAGUGGAAAAACCAUACUUCCCCAUCUGCAUGCGUUUGCUGAGAGUAGUUUCUGUUUUGAUUAAGCAGUUUUACAGUUUGCUGGUAACAGAAUGUGAAAUCUUUCUGUCAUUGCUGGUUAAGUUUCUGGAUGCAGACAAACCACAGUGGCUAAGAGCUGUUGCAGUAGAAUCUAUUCACAGGCUUUGUGUGCAGCCUCAGCUAUUAAGGUCCUUUUGUCAAUCGUAUGAUAUGAAGCAACAUUCCACAAAAGUUUUCCGUGAUAUUGUGAAUGCACUGGGGUCCUUCAUCCAGUCGCUAUUUCUUGUGCCAAGCACAGGGAACACAUCAGUGAUGCCAAACCAAACUGGAAGCAAUGCAUCGGGUAAUACUGGCUCAGCACAGACUAACCCGGGAGUGCUUGGAAUGGGAGGAGGUGCAACUGUAUUACCUGCUUUUGAGUACAGAGGCACUUGGAUACCUAUCCUGAAUGUAACAGUACAAGGCAGUGCUAAAGCUACCUAUUUGGAAAUGCUGGACAAAGUAGAGCCACCUACGAUUCCUGAAGGCUAUGCCAUGUCAGUGGCAUUUCACUGUUUACUGGAUCUUGUCCGUGGUAUCACUACCAUGAUUGAAGGAGAGUUGGGAGAGGCAGAAACAGUCAGUCAAAGCACAACAGAGACAACUUCAUUACCAGCACAGUCUUCAGAGCAGCAAGACUUGCAGUCUGUAUCUGACCAAACAGAGAAAGAACUAGUUAACAGAGCUGUAUGGGAAGAAAUGGUGAAUGCUUGUUGGUGUGGUCUUCUGGCUGCUUUAUCCCUCCUACUUGAUGCAAGUACUGAUGAAGCUGCCACUGAAAAUAUUCUAAAAGCAGAAUUGACCAUGGCUGCGCUUUGUGGAAGACUGGGUCUUGUAACAUCAAGAGAUGCCUUUAUCACUGCCAUUUGCAAAGGAUCCUUGCCUCCUCACUAUGCCCUUACUGUAUUAAAUAACACAACUGCAGCUCUGUCCAGCAAAUCAUAUUCCAUUCAGGGACAGAAUGUUCAAAUGAUCAGUCCCUCAAGUGAGUCUCAUCAGCAAGUUGUAGCAGUAGGGCAACCCUUAGCUCUUCAGCCACAGGGAACAGUAAUGCUGACUUCAAAAAAUAUCCAGUGUAUGAGGACAUUACUCAACUUAGCUCACUGCCACGGAGCCGUUCUUGGUACAUCAUGGCAACUUGUCCUGGCUACUCUUCAGCAUCUUGUGUGGAUUCUGGGACUGAAGCCUGGUGUUGGGGGUGCAUUAAAACCUGGGAGAGCUGUAGAAGGGCCCAGCACAGUUCUGACUACAGCAGUUAUGACUGAUCUGCCAGUUAUAUCUAACAUACUUUCAAGGCUUUUUGAAAGCUCACAAUACCUUGACGAUGUGUCUUUACAUCACUUAAUAAAUGCCCUUUGCUCCUUGUCUCUGGAAGCCAUGGAUAUGGCCUAUGGAAACAAUAAGGAACCAUCGCUUUUUGCUGUUGCUAAAUUACUGGAAACAGGACUAGUUAACAUGCACAGGAUUGAGAUUCUUUGGAGACCUCUGACAGGUCAUCUUCUGGAGGUCUGUCAGCAUCCAAACUCCAGAAUGAGAGAAUGGGGAGCAGAAGCUUUAACUUCUCUCAUUAAAGCAGGACUGACAUUCAGCCAUGAUCCUCCAUUAUCUCAAAAUCAGAGACUGCAGUUGCUUUUAUUGAAUCCACUAAAAGAACUGUCAAACAUUAGUCAUCCUGAUAUCAGGAUCAAGCAGUUGGAGUGUGUGCUCCAGAUUUUGCAAAGUCAGGGUGACAGCUUAGGACCUGGUUGGCCGUUGGUGCUUGGAGUCAUGGGUGCAAUCCGAAGUGAUCAGGGAGAGUCCUUAAUACGGACUGCAUUCCAGUGUCUUCAGUUGGUUGUGACAGACUUUCUUCCAACAAUGCCAUGUACUUGUCUACAGAUAGUUGUUGAAGUUGCAGGAAGCUUUGGACUUCACAAUCAAGAGCUAAAUAUUAGCUUAACUUCAAUUGGUUUGUUGUGGAAUAUUUCGGAUUAUUUUUUCCAAAGAGGUGAAAUAAUUGAAAAGGAGCUAAACAAAGAAGAAGCCGUGUUGCAGAAACAGGCAGAAGAAAAGGGGGUGAUGCUGAAUAGACCUUUUCACCCUGCACCACCAUUUGACUGUCUUUGGUUAUGCCUAUAUGCCAAACUUGGAGAACUGUGUGUAGAUCCCCGACCUGCAGUUAGAAAGAGUGCGGGGCAGACAUUGUUUUCUACUAUUGGUGCUCAUGGAACUUUAUUGCAACAUUCAACAUGGCACACAGUAAUAUGGAAGGUUUUAUUUCACCUGUUGGAUAGGGUUCGAGAAUCUUCUACCACAGCUGACAAAGAGAAGAUUGAAUCAGGAGGAGGCAACAUUCUCAUCCAUCAUUCAAGGGAUACAGCUGAGAAACAGUGGGCUGAGACAUGGGUAUUAACACUGGCUGGAGUUGCAAGAAUAUUUAACACCAGGAGAUACUUACUGCAGCCUUUAGGAGACUUUUCCCAAGCCUGGGAUGUUCUUCUUGAUCACAUCCAAUCAGCAGCACUCAGCAAAAAUAAUGAAGUUUCCUUGGCUGCUCUGAAAAGCUUCCAGGAGAUCUUACAAAUUGUUUCUCCUGUCCGAGACUCAGAGAAACCUGACACGCCACCUGCUAUCAAUGUUUCUGUACCUGUGGUGGUAGGAACCACAACUGCCACUAGUCUUGGGAGAUCAUUCAUGAGAACUGACUCCAUAGGAGAAAGAAUAGGAAGAUACAAUGGAUCUGAACCACCUGUAAUAACAGAUGAGAUUGAAGAUUUGAAUCUUUGGUGGGCAGCCUGGAACAGCUGGUAUAGGAUUGGUUCAGAAAGUACAAGGCCUCCAAUUACUUGUGAUAAAUUGACUUUCAUUCCCAGCCAGCCUUUUCUUACAGCUUUAAUUCAAAUAUUCCCGGCUCUUUACCAACACAUCAAAACUGGUUUCAGCAUGGAUGAUCUCCAGAAGCUGGGUGUCAUUUUGCACGGUGCUGUUUCAGUUCCAAUCAGUUCUGAUGCUUCCCCUUUCAUCCUUCCAUCUUACACUGAAGCAGUUUUGACAAGUUUACAGGAAGCGGUGCUUACAGCUUUAGAUGUUUUACAAAAGGCUAUAUGUGUGGGCUCAGAAAGUAUGCAGAUAAUGUAUCCUGCAAUCUUCGACCAGCUGUUGGCCUUUGUGGAGUUUUCCUGCAAGCCUCCACAGUAUGGACAGCUAGAAACAAAGCAUAUUGCAAAUGCAAAGUAUAAUCAGAUACAACUAUUUGCACCGGCGGAAUGGGUAGCAUUGAAUUACGUACCAUUUGCUGAGAGAUCAUUGGAAGUUGUUGUGGACUUAUACCAAAAAACAGCUUGCCAUAAAGCUGUGGUAACGGAGAAAGUUCUUCAGAACGUUAUUAAGACACUAAGAAUACCUCUUAGUCUGAAAUAUUCUUGUCCUUCUGAAAGCACAUGGAAGCUAGCUGUUUCCUCUCUUCUCAAAGUUCUUUCUAUCGGACUACCUGUUGCAAGGCAGCAUGCAUCUUCUGGAAAAUUUGACAGUAUGUGGCCAGAGCUAGCGAAUACUUUUGAAGACUUUUUAUUCACCAAAAGUACACCUCCUGAUAAUCUCUCAAUUCAAGAAUUUCAGAAGAAUGAGAGUAUUGAUGUUGAGGUGGUGCAGCUUAUCAGCACAGAGAUACUGCCAUAUGCUAAUUUUAUUCCUAAGGAAUUUGUUGGUCAAAUAAUGACUAUGCUCAAUAAAGGCUCAAUACAUUCUCAGUCAUCCUCCUUUACAGAAGCUGAAAUAGAUAUUCGAAUGAGAGAGGAGUUUUCCAAGGUGUGUUUUGAAACAUUGCUCCAGUUUUCAUUCAGUAAUAAAGUCACAACUCCUCAGGAAGGCUACAUCUCUAGAAUGGCACUUUCUGUGCUCUUGAAAAGGUCACAGGAUGUAUUGCAUCGCUACAUAGAAGAUGAGAGAUUGAGUGGCAAAUGUCCUCUUCCACGGCAACAAGUAACAGAAAUCAUCUUUGUUUUAAAAGCUAUCAGUACUCUCAUAGAUUCACUUAAAAAAACUCAACCUGAAAAUGUUGAUGCUAACACAUGGGCACAAGUUAUUGCCCUGUACCCGACUUUAGUAGAAUGUAUCACCUGCUCAUCCUCGGAAGUGUGCUCUGCUCUGAAAGAGGCACUGGUUCCCUUUAAGGACUUCAUGCACCCACCAGCAUCCAAGAGGGGAUUGCCAAUAGAAAAAAUAAGAAAGAAAAUCCUUGUAAGUCAGGUAUCUGUUUGGCAUCUUUGCAGUUUUGUUAUUGAAGACCCUGAUCUUCAAGCUGGAAUCAUAAUUGCUGCUCUCUGUGUACAGAAUAUCUGCCUUAGACUUGGCAUGAGUCUCCAUGACCAGUGAUAUUUCCGAAGUUGACAGCUUCAAGACUGCAGAGGCUGGUGAGGAUGAGAGACUGUUGGAAACUUGAAACUUGACAUCACCGGGUCUGUUGUUUUUAAUGUUAACUAUUUCUUACUUGGAACUAUUGAAGUUGCCAAGGAAUUGCUUAUGUUUCUGGCUUCCUUGCCAGAAGACACGCACUUCUUUCCCCUGUCACAUCAGAGACUAAUAAUGCCAGGUCAUGAGGGGAGGGACUGAGAGGCUCCAUAGAAAAAUGGCAGCCAAAACUGGAUUGCCACCAACAGAGGACCUUUAAAAAGGAUGGAGAGCAGUCUGGUUUUGAUCAGCCUCUCAUGAGAAAACAUGGAAGGGGACAGGAGUAUUAUUUGCAUAGUACUGCUGGCAUGUACAUGUACAAAGAACUGGUUUCUGGAGUACAUCACAACUAUUACUUGCAGAUCUACUUACUGAACAUCUGUUCAUGCCUCAGGGCUUGGUGCUGUAGCAUAAUACGGUACUACCUUACCACGAAAAUGAGCCCCAGAGUCUGCACAUAGUACUGCCCUAGAAUGAAUGAGGAAAGAUAAACAUUUAUUUUAGAAAAGACUGAUUUAAAUUAAAUAUUUUCUCUCAAAAUAUGAGAUCAAUAACCUCUGUUAUAGCUGUAUGCACUAUAAUGUCUUAAAAUUUUAAGCAGUUAUGUGUUGCCAAAGUCUUAAAGAGAAUGCACUGAACUGAUGAAUGGAGUAGCACAAACCCCUUCCUCUUUGCAGAGUAAGAAUCAGGAAGCAAGUUUCUGAAGUGCUAAACCACAGUCUGAUAGCAGUAGCUGCUUCUUGCAGUUCAAUUUCACUUUAACCAGCUCAAUUCAAACAACUAGUUCAAACUUGGAAACAGAAUAGGAAUUGAAAAAGCUUGGCGUUUUUUUACCUUACGUACAUAGGAUAGAUCUGUGAAGGUAAAAUCUACCUAAAAUCUAUCUAAAAGCUGAAGGCAGUGCCAGCCAGAAACAAUCAGUUCUAUGCUCUUUGUUAACAAGAUGUAUUUCAUGAAUGUAUCCAAUAUAUUUAAAGCAGAUCAAUCUAAGAAGCAAUUAUUUUGAAUGCUGUUUUUUGUACUAUUCUACUUUGCAUCCAAAUAGAGCUCUAUGCAAACUAAUGAAGUGUUAAAUAAUCAAGAAAAAAAUAUACUCAACCAUUUUCUGAUAAAAUGUAACCAUUUAGCAUCUAUUAAACUAUAGAAUUAACUAUGUAAAAUGUAUUCUCUAGUUAUAAAAGGUUGCCAGUCUUAGUGCAAUGACUAUAUUUAAUUGCAAACAAACAUGUAAAUAAUUGCUAAUGAAGUAAUAAAAAUGAUAUUUUAGGAGAGAGAAAUACAGUUGCAAAAUAAGGUUUAAAACAUAAUUCCCUGCUUAUUUAAAUCAUUAUUAAAAACAAGUCACUUUUGACAGAAAUCAUUCCUCCUGUAGUCGGACUUCUUAAAGGCAGUAUGGAGUAUUUGCUUUGAGAGGCACAAGUUGGAUUCCUCUUCUGAGAUUUAGGUAACUAAAAUUUUGAGUUCUACCCCAAGACUAAUGAGCCUGGCUUCCAUUUGCAGUCAGGGAAGACAAAUAGGCAGGCCUAGCAAGAGAUCCAUUCCAUCCUAAAAGAGGUCAUGCAAGUUGCUAUGUGGAAGUGCUGGCUCUUGCUAUGUGUGUAUAGGACAACUACUUUAGGCUUAGGCAUCUGUUGUUUUGUGGGGUUUUUUUCAGUUUACUUUAGACGUCUCAAACUGGGGAAGAUGAAUCUCUGUCAGUGGCUCACACAGCCAUAGUGAAUGCAGCUGACUUUGCUACUGCAGUGUGUUGAUGGUGCUGUAGUUUUUUUGAGCUCCCCUAGGAGCAUUUUCUGUGUGGGUUUUUUGUUUGCUUUUUAGUUUUUUAUGUGUCCUUUGCAGGAGCCUACUCCGAGGCUUGGCUGUUUUUUUCCCCCCGUCGAGGUCAUAUUCAGGUAUUUAUUUGUUGUAUCCUGUCUCUGCAACGGACAUGCUAUGACUUCCUUGUAGUCAUAGCAUUAGUCUGAAUACCUAGAUGAAGACAAGAGCUCAACAGUUACUGUUGGUGUAGAAAACAGAUCUUUUUGAACCUUAAAUUCUCCUUGCUACUGAUCUGUCUUGGUUUUCCAUAGGUUCCCCAAUUUGGAUGAGUACGUGACAUAAUUGUCUUCAUGAACUCAGCAAACUGAACUAAACAUUUCCAGUCCUGCUACACUUUCGUACGCUCCUGUCAGACAAUUUUUCUGUUUUGUUUUUUUUAUGUAACAUUUAACUACUGCUUUCUACCCAAUUUUUUCAGGUCAGCAAGGUUACCGUUGCUUUUGAUACCUAUAACUUGGUGCCUGAAUGCUUAUUUUUGGCAUUUGAAUUUCUCAUAUCUGAGGAAAAAAAAGAAAGUAUUUGCUAGUAAGCAUGACUUCUUUGAGAGUUGCUGUACAUUCAUGUUCUCAAUAAAGACGACUUGAAUUACUGAAGGUAGCUAAGGGCAGGCACCAAUCCUCAAAAUCUUUCAGAGCUUUGCAUUACAGGGUAUGGGACAGCAUGAGGGUACCAGCAAAGUGGGUGGCUCCAACAAACAUUAGGGUCUGGAAGCUUGCAGAUUGGUACCUGCAUCCAUCUGCAGCCUUGCACGCUUCCUGACCUUUUAGUUCCUUUUCCACUGCUUUCCAGGAUCUACUUCAAUAACUUCUUGGACUUCUAGUUUGUAGAUAAGUGCAAAUCCGAAAAGAAAAUAUCAGUGUAGAUGUUCUGAUUUGCCAUAUAAUAAAUUGUGAUGUAUGCUGAAUAUCUGCUUAGUUUUUAGUGAUAUCUGGUAUCAAUUUAAAAAUAACAAUUUCUGCCUAUACACAAUCGACUACAAAUAUUUCAGUUAAUAAACCUACCAAACUUCCACGAGGAAGCAUUAUUCUGUUGUUGUUUAUCUGCCCCUUCUUAUAAAUAAUUAAAUUAAUCCCAAUGACGCGGUUUAAAUUUGCCUUUUACUUUCACCCAGAAGUGCUGAUUUUUCUCAUACAGAAAUUGUGAACUCUUUGUCCAAGAAACUUUCUAAAUGUACUCAUGAUGUUAAGAUGGAUUUCAGUGUGUUAAUUAAUGAAUAUAAGAGACCUUAAUUCAGGAAAACAAGUCAUGGAGACAUGAAAUAGUGAUGGUCUUGUGUAAAAGUUGCUUUAUAUAGUUGAAGUGGCCACAGAACAGAAGGGAGUACAGUUUAAAAAAAAAAAGGUAAAAAUUAACCCAGAAUUAACUAAAAACUUCAAUAUUCUGACUAAGUAUGGAGGAUUUUUUCCACUAUUAGUACCUUUUGUAAUAUAAUCUUAGUUUAAAUAAAUCUGAAAUUUUUGAUAGGAAAAAAAGUGUGAUAAUAUCUACCUUUUGCCACCUUUUUUUUAAUAAACACUUAAAACUUUCUCAGUUUUAGUUUGUUUCUUUUCAGAAUUGGGUUUUCAUGUGUACUCUAAUUUAACUGAGUAGGAAUGGGGCAUACAUUUCCUUGGCGCAUCCAUCUCUCUGUAAUUCUUUGCCUCUCCUGAGCUGACCUCAAAUAGCAGAACAAACAAGUCUUACUGUCCCUGUGAGAAAUAGUAUUACAUGGCUUUACUGAGGAAAACAAGAGUUGACAGAAGGUGGUCUGAAGGAGAUCAAGCUGUCCCUUCCAGAACCAGAAGCAAAGGACUCUUAGUUACUGGAUGCUUCCAUUUUCUUAGCUGUAGAACGUUCUUUAACUUGUCAGUCGGUAUCAAAAACAUACGUACUUUAUAAGCAUACAGAAACUCUUGGAGCGUUUUCUUCAACAGAAUGUCACUGGUUUAAAUGCCUUUUAAACAAGCAAUCAGUGAUCUAAUUGCACCUGAUGCUCAAUAUAGGUAGCAACUUUACAAACAGGGAACUACUUGACCAUAAAGUAUUUUAUCUUUGGGUGGCAACGUUUUGGCUGCUUUCUAGUGUCACUUUCUCAACUACAGAUUUGUUCAAGUUGUCACUAAAGGCAUUGCAUUUUAUUCUCAACCCGUGUCGUAGACAGUUUUGUACUGGGAACUCCAAGACUAUUGUGUUUCAUUUGAGGUCUGGCUGCAAGCUGGGUUAUUUCCGUAUUCUGCAUCACUGAUGUUAAUACAGUCUUUGUAAACCGAGUCAGUCAUUUUUUUAACUUUUGCAACCUAAUUCCUCUUGCGUGUUGGUAGCUGGUUUUUUCAGUCGAUUUGUUCCUAAGGUGUAUCGGUGGUGAAGGCCAAAACAAGCGAUAAAAAUGUUCGCGUUUGUAACUCUUGUGAAUUUGUAAUGAGGUUCAAUCUAUUUCUUUGCCGUCAGUUUCUGGUAUGGAGUAGAGGUCCUGCGGUCUAUUUCAACUUAGAAAUAAAAGAGCUUCCACCUUUU